UGCCUUGCUUGUUGAUCAGUUCAAGUUGCUACUACUAGCUGCACCUCAGAUCAAGAUCAUCAUGAUUCAUGGCGCAAUUUGUUCGUCUCAAGAGCCGGAGCUGUUCGGAUUAUUGUGCCCUUCAAAGCAUAGCUACAGAAGAAGGUAUUUAUUGCGCAGAUGCAGAAGGGGUUCUGUAGCUUCAUAAUAGUUAAUAUCUUGUGUAGAAUCUCCGGAUCCACAUUGCUGCAAGCCACAAUCUUGCGGAAGACCCGAGUGCCCUUGUAAAGCUGGUGCUGUUGCUCUGAUAGUUGCCAUCGUAUUUGCAGAAAGACAACAGCCAGAUUUUUGUGUAGAAUUAAGACCAGAAUGAGUCAAAGUAAGACUGAUCAAAGUGCAUAUGCAGCAUACACGAAAUUUGCUCGAUUCAUCACGGACAAUGGGCAAACGGGAUGCUGCACAAAUGAUUGAUGAGGCUGCCACAAGCUACGAUCCUCCUGAUUUGAACGAGACAAUAAUAGGUUCCAUUGAUGAAGGCAUCCGCACCCGACGCCAAAUUGCAUCCAUCCUCCACCCCUUCGACCAAAACCCUCAUGAUCACACCCCCCCAGACACCAACCCCGAACCCUCUCAACCCAACCACAAACCCCUUAAACCCCUCUCCACGUCCCAAGUCGCUCUCCACCUCAAUGCCACCUUCCCAGGGAGAGCCCCUCAGGUUAACCAGUUCCUUAACCUGCUUGGAGAACCUGGGGAACGGGGGGCGCCCAUUCUAGUUUGGGGGUUCCCAAACACCGGAAAGACGUCGAUUGUGCGAGGCGCGCUGCGGCUGCUGGGCCGACCUCAUGCGUAUGUCAGCUGCCGCUCGAGCAGCAGCCCGAGGAUGAUCUAUGAGGGGGUGAUUGAACAGCUGGCGGGCUACGUCCGUUCUGCCGCCAAUGACUACGCUCCCUACGUGCGCUGCACAGACCUGUCCGACUUUGUCCAAAUUCUCCGCCGGGUCUGCAUAACCGCCGCGGCCAAAAACCCCAAACCUCUUCGAGGCUGCCCCCCCGCCGCCACCAAACCCCCAAACCCCACGCCGCAAAAUCCCGAAACCCUCGAGGCCAGAACCCCCAUAAAACCCUCCCGGCAAAGCCCGAUGGACCGCUUCCCCAGCCUUUCGACCACGAACUUCGUUGUCGUUUUCGAUCAUGCCGAACUUCUGCGAACGGACGAGAUGUCCUCCCCCUUGGCGAGCCUUGUUCCCGCGUUCUCGCGGCUCUCCGAGCUGACACGUGUCAGCAGCCUGACCGUUGUGUUCGUGAGCCGCAUGUCCUGGGACGCGUUUGAAACGGGAACCGGGGAAAGGAAACCGCAGGGGGUGCAUUUCCCGGACUAUCUGCCGGAGCUGAAGGAGAUCUUGAGCAAGGGGCGGCCGCCGUUGUACCCCGGGUUCUCGAAGAUGGUCCUCCCCCCCUCCGCGCGCAUCACCCGCUGGCUGACUCAGCUAGACGCGUCGAUGGAACCGCUCUUUCGCAAGUACCUGGAACCGAUCGACCAGGGCAAAGUCGAGCGCGCGCAGGCGGCCACCGAGACGGGGGGCCGCCGCCUCUACGCCACCCUCCUCCCCCACCUGCGGGCCGCCAUGGGGAGUGACGUCAGCUUCGCGGGGGCUUUUGACGUCAGCAGGGGUGACGUCGGCCGGGAUGACGUCGGUACCGGGGCGGAGUUCGAGAUGAGCGGAGCGUGCAGGUUGUUGCUGAUUGCGGCGUUCGUAGCGUCGCGGAACCCGGCGUCGUUGGAUAGCGCGUAUUUGGACGAUGAAGAGGGGGGGCGGAAAAAGAAGCGGCGACGGAAGUCGGGGGGGGUGUCGGAGCAGGUCAGGAGGGAUGUCGAGGUCGAGGAGGAGCACCUCCGCGGCCCGCUCUCGUUCCCAAUCGAGCGCUUGGCGGCGAUUUUCCACUGCAUAGCCCGAGACUAUUUACACGUCGCCGCAAGCGCCGGUUCCGUUCCGGGGAGGGAGGAUUCGGGGGUGAUGCACCGGCAAUUGCUGACGUUACUGGGGGUCGGGCUGGUGUCCAAAACGGGGGGGGAUCCGAUCGAGGGGGGUGCCAAGUACCGGUGCAACGCGAGCAAGGAGCUAGCGGAAAAGAUUGCGCGAAGCGUCAGGUUUCCGCUAGCUAGCUACCUGCUGCACGGAUGAAGACUUGUUUGCGCUGAUCACAUUAACCGUUUGGGUCUCACUACAGCGAUUAGAGUAUGCGCACGCUGAUUGGUCCACUAUUGGCACAUGGGUCCGCUGGAAAGGAAGUGUGAAGUGAGUACCACCACGAAAGUGACACGUCAGCAAUUACACUAACUUGUUGCAAGAACGCAUUCAUUCCCCGUGAUCGUCGGCAACGUCUCUAACUUUGAGGUUCGCUGCUUGGUGCGCAAUCGCACCGUGCAUUGGUGAAAGCUUUGUACGCACUUAACAAUGUUGAUGCAAAUUUAAGAAACUGACACGCCCGUGUCAGAUCUGAAACCUCCCAGUACGCAAGGAAGGAACGCCAGCCUGUUCAUUACUUCUACGUUACUCCUAUUCAGGCCCAGCACUUUUACCUUGGGGGAUAUUUCUGAGCAGAUUGCAUAGAUAAUUGUCGCACACCACGGGGCGCGGGCGCAGC